AUCAAUGCUAAGUUAACUGCUACCAAGAGAAAAGAAUCUGAGGCUUCUUCUUCCUCAACGACCAGUCAGUCUUGUUCAUCAAUUUCACACCAUAAGCCUUUACCUUUUGAUCCCGCGCUUAUUGCUUCUUCUUCAAAGUUUCCAUUUUGAAAAUUCGUCGUCUGAGUAACCUUCUCUUUCUUUUUUCUUCAAAGUUUCCAUUUUUGCUUUCCCUGUAAAUUGCAUCUGAUUCGAAUUUUGGGCAUUUAUUAAUUCGAUCCAGCGAGUUUCCCAAUUAGGGUUUGAUUCCCUUUCCUUUUCAUCUUUUCUAGUCAAAUCUGAAGACUUGGUUGGUUUUAAUGUGCUGAGAGAAGCUUCGUCGGCAAGUAGAAUCUCGUCUCCUUUGAGUCAAUUUUAAAAAUAUAUUUCUUCUUCUUUCUGGGUUUUAUAUUCUUUGCCAACAAUGUUUAAGCUUGCAUAGCAUAUAUGCUUCUGAGUAGCUUUUUGCACGAUAUUUGAAGAGAUAAAAAGAAAUGGGAUCGAACUGCGAUGGGAAUUUGAAAGGUGAGAUUGAAGAAUCUAAUGGUUCUGGGAAAAGUAAGGCUCUUUGCCCUCUCGAUGUUUCAACAUCUCGAAGAACUCUGAUCGGUGUUGGUAAACCAAAGAGCUGGUCGAUUACUGCUUUGCCUGAUGCAUCUAGUAGAACCAAGCUUCUGAAAUUCGGUUCCCCUUCAGCUAAAUUCAUGAAAAUGGCGGAGGAAAGAGACGAGGUUUCAAGGUCAGUGACGAGCUCAUCAAGCAGCCAUAACUUCCGGGAAAGAAUCAGUGGUGUGCUUCACCGGAAAAUUGACUGGACUUCUCUGAUGAAUAUGGGGAAAGAAUGGAUUAAGAACCCAAUCAACAUGGCUCUCUUCGUGUGGAUACUCGUUGUUGCAGUCUCUGGUGCGAUUCUCUUCAUGGUGAUGACUGGUAUGUUGAAUCAUGCUUUGCCUAAGAAGUCACAGAGAGACGCUUGGUUUGAAGUUAACAACCAAAUCCUUAAUGGGUUGUUUACUUUGAUGUGUCUUUAUCAGCAUCCGAAACGGUUUUAUCACUUGGUUCUUCUUUGUAGAUGGAAGCAUGACGAUAUUACCAAGCUUAGGAAAGUGUAUUGCAAGAACGGGACUUAUAAGCCGCAUGAGUGGAUGCACAUUAUGGUUGUUGUCAUUUUGCUUCACUUGAAUUGUUUUGCUCAAUACGCGCUUUGUGGUCUUAAUGUUGGAUUCAGAAGAUCAGAGAGGCCUCCCAUUGGAGUAGCCAUAUGCAUCUCCGCUGCGAUUGGAGCUCCUGCAGCUGCGGGUUUGUACACUAUGCUUAGUCCACUAGGGAAAGAUUAUGAUGAUGAUUCGAGUGUAGAUGAGGAGAAUCAACUGCAGCGUGAAGAAGGGUCUGUGAGUCGCAGGGUUACUUUAGAGAGGAGGUAUUCGUUUGCUUCUACUUCUGCUUCUGCUGGUGAUGGGAUGGUUCCGGUGAGUGAUCCUCAGUGGAGUGGUGGAAUUAUGGAUAUUUGGCAUGAUAUUUCAUUAGCUUACCUCUCACUUUUCUGCACUUUCUGUGUGUUUGGAUGGAACAUGGAGAGAGUUGGGUUUGGGAACAUGUAUGUGCACAUAGCGACGUUUAUCCUCUUCUGUUUGGCACCUUUCUUUAUAUUCAACUUAGCUGCGGUUAAUAUAGAUAACGAGACGGUCAGGGAGGCGCUUGGGAUAUCUGGAAUCCUUCUUUGUUUGUUUGGUUUACUCUACGGUGGAUUCUGGAGAAUCCAGAUGAGGAAAAGAUACAAGUUGCCGAGCUACAAGUUCUGUUUCGGAAGAGCAGCGGUUGCUGAUUGUACGCUUUGGUUGUUCUGUUGCUGGUGCUCUUUAGCUCAAGAAGUUAGGACUGCAAACUCUUAUGAGAUAGUGGAAGACAAAUUCUGCCAAAGAAGUGCAGAGGAGAAGAGUUUGGUGUCUCCUUUGCCUCGUGAAGAAGGUGUGUUUGAUCCUAGGUUUGGUCUUGGGAGCUCACCGAAAAACAUGAGCGGGGCUAACUCUCCAAGCCCAAGCAGGUUUUGGGAAGAGGUGCAUAGUCCAGAUGUACAAACGCCUAGAGAGAAAGAUGAAGGUAAAAGCGAGGUUGUUCUGACUCCACCCUCUCCUCUGUCUAUACACAGAGAAACUUAACAGUUUGAUUAUCCUUACUACGCUUGGGCUUUGCUUGUCUGGUAAAAAUGCUGGUUGACUCAUGAGGUAUAUAUUCUCAGAUAAAUCGUGGGAGAUUAUGAGACAGUCAUGUCUCAUUGCUUAUGAACUUAGUGCGAUUUUCUUUUCUUCGGAUAAACCCAAGAUUUUGUCCAGUUUGGUAUAAGGCUUUGAUGUUUGGACAUUUGGGUUAUUCGAUCUAGCAAAUAGGAAUGGACAUAUGAACCGACACCUAACUAAACUGAAAAAACCAAAAUUCUG